UUGAAUGGCUAGGGGUUUCAUUUUUCAUUUUUUGUUCAUUAUUUUUUAUUUCAACUUACUAAGUUGUACAUCCAAUAAAAUUAAACAAGGUGAAAUAUUAAGAGAUGGUGAUACACUAAUUUCUCCAAAAAAGAAAUUUGUUUUAGGAUUUUUCAGUCCAAAAGGUUCUUAUAACCAAAAGUUUCUUGGUAUAAGGUAUGCUGAUGUUCCAAUAGAUUCAUUUGUUUGGGUUGCAAUCAGGGGCGGAGCUACAGUGUUAUAUGGGGAUUCGGCCGAACCCAUUAAUUUUUGCGUAGACCCUAUAUUUAUAAAUAAAAAAUACAAAUGUAUAUAAUUAUAUAUGUCCGAAUUCACAUGCAAUGUAAGUUUGUUGGUCUAGUGGUAGGUGUAUUAGCCUAGCGGCCCCAAGAUGGGGCUUCAAACCCCACCAACGACAUUUUGCUCUUUUUUUUGCACUUUGCUGCACCUGCACGUGCUAAAUUUUGACUAUUAUUUUUUAUUUGCUUUUAACCUUUUACAACAAUCAACAUUCACACACUUUUACCCUUUUUUAUACAAACAAAACAAAAAAAAAAAAUUAUUAUUAAAGAAUGGAGAAAAAAAAUGCUACCCAAAUCCCAAUACCCACGACAUUACCUAGCAGAAACCUUUUGGACUUUGGUCAAUUAGGCUCUUCGUCUCUUCGAACAAGAAACGUUAAACGAGUUAUUAUUUUCCCAAAUUGCACUUUUGCUGCUCUUCCAAGGUAUGUAAUGUGAUUUCCAUUUCCAUUUCUGUUUUUGCAGAUGCUAGAUUGCUUAUUGCUAGUCUCAUAAUUUUGCACCGAAAUUCAUGAGUCGCGACCAAUAAAUUGUGAUUAGAUUUUCAAUUUUUCUUUAGAUUUUGGGUUGAAGUGUUUUAGUAUGAAUUGUUUAUGUAAUUCUAUUGCAACAUAUAUUUUUCGUAUUUUGUGAAUUGUGAUUGCAAUGCAGUAGAAUAAUUUUGUAGAAAAUUUUGUGCUUUGUGAUUCGUAGGAUCUUUAAGCAAGUGACAAUAUGAUUACGAAAUUUUUCAAGCCUUAAAUUUCUUCAGAUACUGCUCCUAGCUCUUUUUUGUCAAGUUUUUCAUUGCCUAUCAAUCUUUUCGGAGCAUCGGAUAACGACAAAGAGUUCAGACCCUGCUGAAAGAAAAUCAAUUAUAGAAUUUUCUCCAAAUGUAGGUGAUCGGAUAAGGAGAUAUUACAUACAAAAAAAAAUCUUGUCAACCAGAUAAAUUUGAGUUUCCCAUAAGAGAUUUUGGAGUUACACCAUGUCACUUUAAUCCUGAAUGGUUUAAACCUCCAUAUUCUCAAUGGUUAGAAUAUAGCAUUGAAGAAGAUGCAAUAUUUUGCUUAUGUUGUUAUUUGUUUAAAAAUGAGCUCGGAGGAUAUGGAAAAAAAUGAGUGAAUCUUUCACAAUGGAAGAUUUUCGAAGUUUGAACAAAGGCAUAAAAAGUCUUAAAAAAUAUGUGGGUGAAGUGAAUAGUAUUCAUCGUCGAUGUUUCAAGAUGAUGCUAGAUUUGAUGAAUCCGAAACAAUCUAUUUUAGCCUCACUUGAUAAGCAAUCCGAAAAAAUUAAAGGUGAACAUCAUAUUCUCUUAAAUGCUUUGAUUGAUGUGACAAGAUAUUUUUUGAAACAAGAUUUGUCUUUUCGGGUGUGUAACUUCUACAAGAAGAGGCAAUUUUCUUGAUCACUUAAAGUGGUAUGCGAACAAAAAGGAAGAAGUAAAAAAUGUUGUAUUAGAAAAAGCUCCAAAAAAUAGCACCAUGACUUCUCCUGAUAUUCAAAAAGACAUUGUAAGUUCUUGUGCAAAAGAAAUCGUGAAAGCGAUUAUUGAAGACUUAAAUGGAAAUUUCUUUGAAAUUUUGGUUGAUGAGUCUAAAGAUGUUUCUCAUAAGUAACAAAUGGCGUUUGUUUUGCGGUAUGUCAACAAAGAGGGUAAGCUUAUUGAGCGAUUUCUUGAUCUUGUUCAUGUUAAAGACACAUCAGCAAAAUCAUUGAAAGAAGCGAUCUAUUCUUUGCUUUUAAAUCAUUCGUUGAGUCGAUCUCAAAUAUGGGGACAAGGUUAUGAUGGGGCUAGUAACAUGCAGGGAGAGUUUAAUUGUCUUAAAACUUUGAUUUUGAAAGAUAAUUCUUUAGCAUAUUGCGUACAUUGCUUUGCUCAUCAGUUGCAAUUGACUCUUGUAGCUGUUGCGAAGAAACAUGAUGAUGUGAAUAAUUUUUUUGACAUUCUUGAUAAAGUUUUAAAUAUUGUUGGAGGUUCUUUUAAGCGCAGGGAGAUGCUUCGAGAUGAUCAAGUUGAAAAAUUAGAGAAAUUAUUAGUGCUUGGUGAAGUUCAUAUGGGAAGUGGAUUAAAUCAAGAACUUGGAAUUCAAAGACUCUGUGCUACUCAUUGGGGGUCCCAUUUUAAGACAAUUUACAACGAAAAGAUCAAGAUAUCGUUAGUGCUAUGAAGCUUGUGGAUUUCUCAAAGAGACAAUUUCAAUUGAUGAGGGAAUGUAAAUGAAAUUCUUUGUUAGAAGAUGUCUCUUUAUUUUGUGAAAAGAAUGAUAUUGUGAUUCUUGAAAUGAAUGAGAAAUAUGGUUUUGGAAAGUCAAAGCGCAAGAGCUCAAGUGUUACAUAUUCUCAUCAUUUGCUUGUGAAAGUUUUUUAUGUUGUUACUGAUUUAUAACUUUCAGAGCUUAACAAUCACUUUAGUGAAGUGAAUACUGAUCUACUUCUUGGAAUGGCUAGUUUGAGUCCUGAGAAUUUUUUUGCAAAUUAUGAUAAAGACAAGAUCAUGAAGCUUGCUACAUAUUAUCCAAAUGAGUUUAGUGCCUUCAAGCUUGAAGAUCUUAGUUUUGAUCUUGACAAUUAUAUUUACUAUGUGAGAGAAGUGGAUAAUGCUUUCUCUAAUUUGAAAGGACUGGGAGAUCUUUCGAUGAAAUUAGUUGAAACAAAUAUGCACAAGACGUGGGGACUUAUUUAUUUGCUUGUGAAAUUAAAUUUGAUAUUACCCGUGGCUACUGCAACAGUGGAAAGAGCUUUUUCCUCCGUGAAGUUUAUU